AUGGUUUUGUACACGACCCCCUUUCCCAAUAGCUGUCUGUCUGCCCUGCACACUGUGUCCUGGGCCCUCAUCUUCCCAUGCUACUGGCUGCUGGACCGGCUCCUGGCCUUGUUCAUACCUGUCCCCUGUCAGAAGAACCAGCUACUCUGCAUCGUGCUCUUCAUGCCCAUCUACCUGGGCCUCCUGGUCACCUCUCUGCCCUUUGCGUUCCUUGGGUUCCUCUUCUGGUCCCCCCUGCAGUGUGCCCGCAGGCCCUACAUCUACUCUUGGCUGGAAGACAAGGGCCCAGCUGGUGGGGCAGCCCUGCUCAGGGAAUGGAAGGGUACAGGCCCUGGCAAAAGCUUCUGCUUCGCCACUGCCAACGUCUGCCUCCUCCCUGACUCAUUGGCCAGGCACAACAACGUUUUUAACACCCAAGCACGGGCCAAAGAGAUCGGGCACAGAAUCCGCAAUGGGGCCAGCCGGCCCCAGAUCAAAAUCUACAUCGAUUCGCCCACCAACACCUCCAUCAGUGCGGCCAGCUUCAGCAGCCUGGUGUCACCGCAGGGUGAUGGCAUAGCUCGGGCUGUCCCUGGAAGCAUUAAGAGGACCGCCUCUGUGGACUACAAGGGCAACAGUGGGCAUCACCCUAGUGACGAGGCUGCCAACGGCCUGGCUUCUGGGGAUGCAGUCGACUGCAGUAACCUUGAGAACGCCUGCAUUGUGCGCAUUGGUGGUGAUGAGGGGGGCCAGCAUCCUGAAGUUGAUGACCCUGCCACUGGGGGCCAGACCAGGAAUGGGGCUGGUGGGGGCCCUCGGGUCCAGACACCCAACCACAGUCAGCGGGAUGGGGACUCAGGGAGCCUGGGCAGCCCCUCUGCUUCCAGGGAGUCCCUGGUGAAGGCACGAGCUGGAUUGGACAGUGGCAGUGGGGAGCCAGGUGCCACCUACAGCAAGGCCCCGCUCAAGGCCUCGGCGGUGAAGAAGGCAGCCUCACGCAGGAAGCGGCAUCCGGAUGAGGUCUUUGACCACGAGAUCUCAGCCUUCUUCCCCGCCAACCUGGACUUCCUGUGUCUGCAAGAGGUGUUUGACAAGCGUGCGGCCAGCACAUUGAAAAGCCAGCUGCAUGGCUAUUUUGAGUACAUCCUGUAUGAUGUUGGAGUCUAUGGCUGCCAAGGCCACUGCUGCUACAAGUGUUUGAACAGCGGCCUCUUCUUUGCCAGCCGCUACCCCAUCAUGGAUGUGGCCUAUCACUGUUAUUCCAACGGGAAGGGCUUCGACAGCCUGGCCUCAAAGGGAGCGCUGUUUCUCAAGGUGAUGGUGGGAAGCACACCUCAGGACCAAAGAAUUGUUGGGUACAUCACCUGCACACACCUGCACGCCCCAGAAGAUGACAGUGCUAUCCGGUGUGAGCAGCUGGACAUGCUUCUGGAGUGGCUGGCUGAUUUCCGAAAAUCUACCUCCUCGUCCAGCACAGCCAACCCCGAGGAGCUGGUGGCAUUUGACAUCAUCUGUGGAGAUUUGAACUUUGACAACUGCUCCUCCGAUGACAAACUGGAGCAGCAGCACUCCCUGUUUACACGCUAUAAGGACCCCUGCCGCCUGGGGCCUGGGGAGGAGAAGCCAUGGGCAAUUGGUACCAUGCUGGACAAGGAUGGCCUCAAUGAUGAGGAUGUAAGCACCCCUGACAACCUACAAAAGGUCUUGGAGAGUGAAGAGGGGCGCCGGGAGUAUCUCGCCUUCCCCACCAGCAAGAGCCCAGGGGCCUGCCAGAAGGGACGCAAGGAUGUGCUGAAGGGCAACGGCAGGCGCAUCGACUACAUGCUGUAUGCAGAGGAGGGGCUGUGCCCCGACUGGAAGGCCGAGGUGGAAGAAUUCAGUUUUAUCACCCAGCUAUCCAGCCUGACUGACCAUCUCCCGGUGGCCAUGCGGUUGAUGGUGUCUACAGGGGAGGAAGAGGCAUAGACCACCCAAGUCGUCACAGCAGCCUGGCCUCUGCUAGCCCUUUGAGCCAAAGCCCCUCUCUGGCCAUGUCCCCUCCAGCAGCAGUGCCUGAGAGAGGGCAGGGGCCUGGGGGAGCCGAGGUCAUCCUUGGGUGAGCUGGAACCAGUGCUGCCCUGCACCUCUGGGCACUCACUGUGGACAGAGGAGUCAGGACAGCCCAAGGAACCCCAGCUGCCCAACCAGUGCCAUUCUUUCAAAAUGAGAUUUUCUACAAAUCUACAGCACAACCUAGUUUAUAACCCAUGGGUUAGUAUGAGAACCGGGUUUCUGUACUCUUUGUCCAGGGUUCAUUUUUUCUGUCUGCUGCCAUGUUGUCUCGCAUGCCUGUACCCUCACAUGCACGCUGCCCGCAUGCCACGUCCACAUCAUAGCCACACAGACCCCUUGCUCAGGCCUCACCCAAGGCCAAACUGCAAACACAAUUAGAACCAGCCAAAGAAGCAUUCCUGGGCACAGGGCCGCCAGCUCGCUGCCUCCAGUUGGGUCAGCUAAUGAGCAGGAACCAUGAGGGCUGUAUCCAGUCACCACGAGCCAGGGCUCUUCCCAGGGUCUUGCAUUCAAGGGCGAUUACAUUUUCAAAAGAAAAACAGGAAAAGUUAAGAACAGAAACAACCCUUCACUUUAGAGGGCCUGCAAACCUUGAGGGAGAUUGCUGCUCUUCCUGAGACAGGCUCCCUUGUCGGGGUACCAAGGCCCCAGAGACUCCUAAGUGAGCCACAGACAGGAAGCAGAGGAGAGAGCACCACUUUUUACAGAAGAAAACUCACGGAUAAAAGAGAAAGGGGGCUGCUGGUUUUGAAAAUGAUAGAUUUGUAGCUUCUGUUCUGCCAAAACCAACACCUCUUUCUGCUUGAUCCCAUCUCCCCUCCAGACACCUUUCUGGUUUGGGACCAAUCCUUCCCUGGGGACUGUCCCCAUCCACGUGCUGGUUGAGCUCAGGAACUGUCUGCCUGCCUCUUGGUCAAGCUGCAGCUCUAUCCUCCAGACCCACUCUCAAAAGCAACCCCAGGGCCCUGAAAGGGGCCCUAGAUGAAGGGGUGGGAAGCCAAAGUGCAGAGAGUGGCCUGUCUCCCCACCCUCCCAAGUGUGCAGGCUGGGGGUGGCAAGGUCAGGGGCCACUGCUUGCACAUGGCAGGGAGUGGUACUGGUUGGCAUCCAGACAUCCAGGCAUGGCAUGGCUGAGUCUAUAGGUGAGGCCUGCAGCUCACCACCCCAUGGCAGCACUGCCUCUGCCCACCUGCCUUUUUAAACACAUCUGGGGAUGCUUCCUACAGUCAUGCAUGGAAGGUUGUGUCUAAUUCCAGGUGCAAGGCUUCCCUAAUUCAGGAGGCUGUCCUUGACAACCCCCACUGGGCCCUCCUGGCUUGAAGCCAGCUUUGCCCAGCAAGGCUGGGGAGCAUACUAGGACCCUUCUGGUGUCAGUGUGCUGACGCUGUGCCUUGUCACCCACUGAGCUGCAAGAGGGACCAAGAGGGGUUCAAGCAGCCAGCCAGAAGUCAGGUCCUGUGCUGGGAGGUGACACUCCUGAGAGCCAUACCCACAGUGGCACUGGUCUAUCUGAACCCACCUGGCUGGGGCAGCAGCAGAGCUGAGGGCUUGAACACUUCCCCAGCCCUGCCCCUGGGGGUCCAGAGCCAGAAUAGGCUAUUCACCACUGAGGGCAGUCCCACCUGGGCUCUCUGUUAUGACCCUCUUCCAAGGGCCUGGCAUUCAGGGUCUUAGCCAGGCUUCAUGGGGUCGGAGAGCUCCCCACUCCCAGAACAGCCAGGAAACUGCUCACACAGGCAGGGCCUUACUGGCAGGCACGAUGCCUAGAUGGCAGGACCUGAGCCUAGGACCCCAGGCUGCAGGUCAGCUGUGUGCCCAGGAGAGCAGUGGAGACAGGCCAGGGCUUCUGAAACAGAGAAACUCCACACAGCUUCCAGCCCUCCGAAGAGCUGCUUCCCUCCCAGGGUAGCCGGGUGGAAGCCAAGGCACAAGGACAUGUGCUUCUCUCCCUUCUCAAAGGGUGGCCUUAGGCAAGUCAUACCUCCCUGUGCCUCCGUCACAUCCUGUCCCAACAAGGUUGACUGUGCCCUGGUGUAUGGCCUACCAGCUCCCUAGCAUCUCCCUCUGACUCAGCCUCAGUACCGAAGGCCGCCACUGCCCGACCACAUGUUUCACGAAGCCUGUGAACUCCCGGGGCAGUGCACAAACCAGGCUUUUCCAUUUUAAUUUUUAAAAAGGAAAGAAAAGAAACAUUGCCAGGAUCUCAAACUCUAUGGUGUUUGGCCUGGGAGGGACAGACACAGGGGUAACCCAAAUCCCCAACCAAGGUCCCACACCAACCCUGGGCCCAACCUCCUUCAGAGAAGCCAGGAGGCAGGGGCAGCUUAGAAAGGAAAUGGUCAUUUUCAUUAGUCCAAAUCACCUUAAGUUUUAAGUAUGAAUAUUAAUCUUGAUGCUUUUUAACUAUUGUAUUAACUUGCUGAGAUUUAGAAAUACUGUUUAAAAAAAGAAAAAAAAACUUUUUUAAUUUCUGUAUUUUUUUCUGUAUUGUAUCUUCAUGGGACAUUAGGGGUUUUAUAUGGUAAGCACACCUAAAGUUUUGGUAAAAACAUUAUCAAUAUAUAUCUAGACGAUUCUUCCCUAGAAGAAAAACAAUCUUUCACCUGAUAAAAUAUUUUGAAAAGAGAGGUGUUUUUCUCCUUUACUGGUGCUGAAAGGAAGGAUGGAUCACGAGGAGAAAAUAAAACUGUGAGGCUCAAGGCUGGUGUUUUCCACUUAUUUGAGUGACAAGCUGGGGGCAGGCCCUGCUCUGAUUCCAAGCUGGGCAGCCAGGCAGAGCAGUAGGGGAACUACUGGAAGAGGGGCCUGCCUU